AUGGAUCUCGAUAUGCAAACACCUCUCGAGUCAUCAAAUAUUCUUAUUCCUGGUGAUAGUAAGAAAGCGGCGGUACCAACGUUAGAAUUUCAAACUGUCGGAUCAGAUAUGAUUGGCCAGGAGCAAAAAUUAGGAUUUCAAGAAUGGAUUAAUUUGACGUUGGAUCGUGAAUGUACGCCAGUACUUUAUGUUUAUUUUGCCGGUAUUGUUAUACUUGUCGUUAUUACUGCCGGUAUCAUUAUUAUC